AUGUUGAGAACUUCAGCGCCCUUGAGAGCUUUUCUCAGAUACAAUUCGUCCAAGGCUGGUCACUACGAGGCCGUGGUCAUCGGCGGUGGCCCAGGUGGCUACAUCCACGCCAUCAAGUUGGCCCAGUUGAACGUCAAAACCGCCUGUAUUGAGUCCAGAGGUGCUUUGGGUGGUACCUGUUUGAACGUUGGUUGUAUUCCUUCCAAGUCGCUUUUGAACAACACCCAGUUGUUCCACCAGGUCAAGCACGAGGCCAAGGACAGAGGCAUUGACCUCCCAGGUGAGGCCUCCAUCAACGUGGCCAACUUGCAGGCUGCUAAGGACAAGUCCGUCAAGGGCUUGACUCUGGGUGUGGAGAUGCUUUUCAAGAAGAACGGCGUGACCUACUUGAAGGGUCACGGUGCUUUUAAGGACGAGAAGACCUUGACCGUGAAGCCAAUCGAUGGUGCUGAGCCAUACGAGGUUACCGCUGACAACAUCACCAUUGCCACUGGUUCCGUCCCAACUCCUUUCCCAGGUAUUGAGAUCGACGAGGAGAGAAUCGUCACCUCCACCGGUGCCUUGUCCUUGAAAGAGGUGCCCAAGAAGAUGGCCAUCAUUGGUGGUGGUAUCAUCGGUUUGGAGAUGGCCUCUGUGUACUCCAGAAUCGGCUCUGAUGUGACCAUCAUUGAGUUCCAGAACGCCAUCGGUGCCGGUAUGGACGGCGAGGUUGCCAAGCAGACCCAGCGUUUGUUGCAGAAGCAGGGUCUCAAGUUCAAGUUGGGCACGAAGGUCACCAGCGGUAAGAGAGACGGCGACAAGGUCAACAUCUCCGUCGAGGAGGUCAAGUCCGGUAAGACUGAGGACUUGGAGGCUGACGUUUUGCUUGUUGCCAUUGGUAGAAAGCCAAACACCGAGGGCUUGAACCACCAGGCUGCUGGUGUUGAGGAAGACGAGAAGGGAAGAAUUGUGAUUGACUCCCAGUUCAGAACCGCCAAGCCCCACAUCAGAGCCAUUGGUGACACCACCUUUGGUGUCAUGUUGGCCCACAAGGCCGAGGAGGAGGGUGUUGCUGCUGCUGAGUACAUCAAGCACGGCCACGGUCACGUCAACUACGGUAACAUUCCAUCUGUCAUGUACACUCACCCUGAGGUUGCCUGGGUCGGUGCUUCUGAGGAGCAGUUGAAGGCUGACGGCAUCAAGUACAAGGUUGGUAAGUUCCCAUUCGUUGCUAACUCCAGAGCCAAGACCAACUUGGACACUGAUGGUUUCGUCAAGUUCCUUGCUGACGCCGAGACCCAGCGUGUUUUGGGUGUCCACAUCAUCGGUCCUAACGCCGGUGAGAUGAUUGCCGAGGGUGGUUUGGCUCUUGAGUACGGUGCUUCCACCGAGGACAUUGCCAGAACCUGCCACGCCCACCCAACCUUGUCUGAGGCCUUCAAGGAGGCUGCCUUGGCUACCUUUGACAAGCCCCUCAACGCUUAG